AUGGAUUAUUUAGAACAAUUUUGUUCAACUUUAACAACUUUUUGUGUUGGUUGUAAUUUACCUAUACAAUCUAGUGAUUUUGUGUAUAAAUUAAAAUCAGGAAUUGUUUAUCACAUUAAUUGUCAUCGUUGUAUUCAAUGUGGCCGUUUAUUAUCCCCAGGCGAACAAAUAAUUAUAAAUGAACAAAAUAAAACAAUUUGUUGUGCCUCACAUUUUUUAAUUAAUGAAGACUCUUCUCCCUCUUCUUCUUCUUUAUUAUUUCCUCCUCAACAAAAUAAUUUAAAUUUAUUUUUAAAUAAUUCUUUAAUUCAAUUAAUUCCUUCUUCUUCACAAACAUUAAAUAAUAAUAAUUUAAUUGAAAUAAAUAAAUUUAAUGAAGAUAAGGUAAUGUAA